CUCACGGCCAGACAACUCGUUCCUCAUACUAACAAAUUUUGAAUUAGCCAUAGCGUGUUGAACCACAUACGAUUGAGAACACGUGUCAGUCACAGGUGUUUACAGGCGAUGGUAGCAACGUGAGUGAAGUUUGUGGCGACUGACCAAGACCAACUGGGAUCAGUGAAGUGUACCAGUUAAGUGUACCGUCGUCAUGGCGGAUGCUGAUGAGCUGUUUGAAACAAUCAUGCGGGAGCUAAACGACGUGGUCCUUUCUGAAAGUGGCGAUGUUGAAGAAGAGCUGGAGGAACUUCCCUUUCUACAGGAGACGGUCUCCGAUGAUAUUCCACCCUCUCUGCUCAGUUACUUUGAAACUUCAAAAAGCAGAGCAGUGAGAAGUGAGAAGUUCAUUCUUGAGGAACUUGAAGACCUCACUGCAUCACGUCACACUGAGGACAUGGAUAAUUUGCCUGAUGAACUCGAUAAGGACAUGGCGAAGAAGCUGGUUUCUUUUGACACAGAAAAUGAGUCCAUCUCUUCUGCUGAGACAGAAGCACCUUUUUCUCACAAUCUGUCAGUGUGUCCUGACAGGGAAGAUGAGACUGAAACAGAUGAAUAUGUGUGGCCUGGACUGGGAGUUACUAAGAGCUCAGAGGAAGAGGAACAGAUGAAAAAUAGCACAGAAUCCCAUAGAGAACACAGAGAGAAAAUAUGCUGUGAGGAGAUGAAGACAGACGAGAAGAGGAGACAGAGACACAGAGACUUCCAGGAGGAUUUGAAGAAGAUCAUGGAGGCAGAGAAGCUUCAUCAGAGAGAACUGGAGUUGAUGAAGAAGAGAGCUCAGGAAAAGCUGGAAGUGGAGUUUCUUCUUAAGCAGGAGCUGAUCUGCAACUUACAAAAACAAGUGGAGGAGGAAAAGAAGAUGAGAGAGGAGGAGCAGAAGAGGUUCAAGGAAGAGGGGGAGAAGAAAAGGAAGGAGGAAGAAGAAAAGAGGAGAAGAGAGGUUGAGGACAUGAGGAAAAAGGAAGAAGAGAUAAUUAAGAGGGAGCGCAAAAGGAUGGAGGAACAGAUGAGGAGAAAUAAAGAGGAAAAGAGAAAAAUGGAAGAAAUGAAACUUAAAGAAGGGAUCAGAAGAAAGAGAGAAGAGGAGCAGAGGAAAAUAGAGGAAGAGGAAAAGAGGAGAUUUCAAGAGGAGGAAAAGGGAAAAAAAGAAGUGGAGCGAAAUAUGAUACAGGAAGACAUAAGAAAGAAGGAGGAAGAGAGAAAAAUAAACAAAACAAGACUUAAGGAAGAGGGGAAGAUGAGAUGGAUAGAAGAAGAGGAGAGAGAAAGGAAGGAAAAUGAGGAAAAAAUAAAGGAGAGGGAUAAGAGUAGGAGAAAGGAGGAGGAAGAAACAAGGGCAAUGGAUGAAAUGAUGGCAAAGAAGAUGGAGGAAGACAAAAAGAGAAAAGAACUUGAGGUUAGGAAAAAUACUGAGGAGAUAAGGAAAAGGGUGGACGAGAGAAAAGUUGAGGAGAAUGGAAAGAAUAUGGAGGAAGAGAAGAUGAUAGCUAAGCAGAUGAAUAAGAAGGAAGGGGAAGAAAAAGAUAUUGAAGAAAUGCAACUCAAGGAAGAUGAAAGAAAGAAAGAAGAGGAGAUGAAACAUAAUAUGGAAUUUAGUGAUAAAAAGAAGGAAGACGUGAAAACAACUGAAGAGGACAAGAGGCCAUGGCAGGAGCAAGAAAUGAGGAAACAGAAAGAAGAAGAAGAUCACAAUAACAUGGAAAAGGAAAUAAGAUUCAAGCAAGAGAUGGAACAGAAUAGAGGCAAAAGAAAGAUGGAACCUGAACAAAAAACUGAAGAUGAUGUGAGAAGAAAUAAAGAAGCAGACAAUUGGCGUAUUACCAACUUUGGAGUGCAGGACACCGAAAAGGAAGAGAGGCUGAAGCUGCAAGAGAAGAAAAGAGAUAAGGAUCGACUGAAAAGUCAAAACAAGACAAAGAAUAUCAGUCUGACCCCAUGCACCGUCUCAUUACAAAGCCAGUGCACAGUCAGUGCCUCCAGCUCUGAAAAUGUACAACAACUUGACCCAAACAAGAAUAUUCUCUAUACCUCCACAUGUCAAACUAUGAAACAACAAGAUGCAGAUGUAUCGCCCCGCACCUCUUCCGGCCCUUUACCCGUGUGUCUUCCGGAGCGCACAGAGCAGAAGAGACUGUCAUGGAUGAGAGACUGCAUCCCGUGGUCCAGACUGUCUCUGCAGAACAAGAGCAAGCAAAAAGUGCAUGUCCGAAGUCGCAGGGGACUGCGCAGGGCCUCCGGGGCCUGUAGUCUGCCACCCGUCUGUCCUCAAGCUCUGCUUCAGUCCCCAGGCUUCAGAUCCCUGCAAGAGGUUACCACGGUGACCCUGGAGGACUUGCCUGGCUGCAGCUUCGUCGCUCUCGCUCAGUGUCCUCAACUUCAAUCCCUCACCCUCAGACGCUGUGGCCUCAAAUCCCUGGAAGGCAUCAACCAGUUACAACAGCUCUGCUACAUCGAUGUACAGGGGAAUGACAUCUCACUUGUGGAUUGUGAAAACAUGGCGAGUUUACAAGUUCUUCGACUGGGACACAACAAGUUAACAUCCAUCCAUGGUUUGAGUGGAGCUGAAAACCUGAAUGUUCUGGACCUCUCCCACAACUCCAUCACCCGCAUUGCUGGUCUGGAGUCUAUACGGAGACUGCAGAGUUUGUCACUGGAUCACAACCAGCUGAUCAGCACCAAAGGACUGAGGGACACGUACACCCUCCUUCACCUGGACUGCUCCCACAAUCACCUGGCUGGCGUGGAGGGUGUGGAGAACUGUGCUCUGCUGCAGACCCUGGACCUAAGAUCCAACAGCCUCACUGAGCCCCCCAGUCUGAACAACCACAUCCUCCUCAGAGAGCUGCAUCUAGAUGACAACAGCAUCUCGUCGCUGCAGGGCCUUGCUGUUUGCUGGCUUCCCCUCAUGCAGCACCUCUCAGCAGCUGAAAACAGAAUUACCCUCCUGCCCUCCAUGUCUGAUUUUGUGUCCCUUACAAAUUUGGAUCUUCGCUUCAACUGCAUGUCAGAACUGCAUAAUGUGUGUGAAGGUGUGGAAGGAUGUCUCUUCCUGCAAGAGGUUCACCUCAGCGGGAAUCCUCUUCAGCAAGAGAUUGGCUGGAGAUCCACUCUGCAGAAAGCCGUCGCUGGCCUGAGAGCCAUUGAUGGUGAGGAGACAGACUCCUUUCUGUCAGCCCCUGCUGUUCAACAGCUCAGCCUGGCCUCAGGCAGCUUCCUACUGCUUUGUCAGGCUCAGCUUAAGCAGAUUCAUGAUUUACAGCAGCAGCACAGCAGGGAGCUCAGUAAUGCCUCAACUCCCCUGGAUGCUGUGAAAAGAUCCUGUCGACACUUCACUGAGACUCUGAAACUUGCUGUGGACCAGAGGUCGGCUCACGAAUACAGCGACACCGUUGUGUCUUUAUGCCAAACAAUGCUGGAGGAAACACUGGACAUGGACAGUGCUGCUCUUAAAAAGCUUGCUGAGCACUCAGAAAUUUUGUCCACUGAAAAACCUCCACCAGUCAUUCCAAACAGGAACAACACCAGCUGGACAUUAGAGGAGAAGUUGUCCUUCAGUCAUCUAGGCCUUCACUCCUCGGCAACGAUGGAAACAACCACUUCCUCUCAACUUAAAGUGGCUCCUGUGUCCAACCAUCAAGGCCUGGACUCCAAAAACACAGCAGCAGUCGUGAUUCAGCAGCGGUGGAGGAAGUACAGACAGAAAUGUGGGAACAUCAGCAGCCCCCCCACAGCUGAGAAGGGAGGUGAAAGAGGAGGAGAUGGAGGAACGCCAGAGUCAAGACCUUCUGAUGUUGACAGAAGUGUUGUUGGCCAAGAUUAUGCAGCAACUAUCAUCCAGGCGUCCUGGAGGGGCUUCGCUCUGAGGAGGAGGCUUGAAACUGCUCUGGCUGCUGUCACAUGGCCCGACAGCGGAGAGGACGAAGCCUUUGAGGAGGUAGACGUGGAUGGAUUUGUCUUUGAUGAGGCAGCACUGGAGAAGCACUGGACAUUGCCACUUUCUGAAGAAUCAUCUUCCAGAUAUCAUCAUGGUCCCGAGCAGCCACUUUCUCUGAAGCCUCCUGGGCCCUUUCCUGAACCCUCCCAGUACACACUCCCAUCAACACCCUUAUGGAGGUCGAAGCAGGCCUGGGUGGCAGGAGAACAAGUGGACUCCACAGGGAUGAAGGUUUCACCAGAGAGUUCUAUCAGAAGCAAAUCUCCUGUUUCGACUGCAGCGCUCAGUGGUCUCUCUGCAAGAUCAGAAAAGAUUGUGCAAGAAUGGGGGUUCCAAGACAGCAACACAGCUCUUCUGAUGCUCAAGAGAGCUCACAAGAUGAGUUCCAAGAAGCACCAGCAGAAUAAAUAUCGAGAUCCCUCCGUCUGCCUUGCAUUGUUCAGAAACUGCAACUACCAGCAGGCUCCAAUGGAAGCACGAAACAGGCCUGCCCCGAACAACAGAAAUCAUGUGAAAGAGUGCAGAGCAAAGCUGGAGCUUCAGCAGGCGGAGGAGACGAGCGUGAAGCAGGAACGAGCUCAGCAGUGGCUGCACACCCAGUCGGACAGGGACUCAGAGAGUGAACAUUUCCUACCAGAGAUCAGCUCAGUCGUUCUGAGUGGAGGGAGAGUGCAGCUGGUGGCUGACCCAGCACGCACUGAACGUCUACAUCACGCCAGUGGAUUGUGGGCCAGCAGCAGUUUACUUGCCCAGCCCUGCAAAGAGAGAAAUAAUCAUUGCAGCAACUCUUUGGGUCAUGCAAGAAAAGAGGUUCCAUCUCCACAGCGCGUCCAGUCUGCUCCAUCAAGAAAGGAACGCAUCUCCUUCCGAGACAAUCCGGUGCAGCUGAGCGGCGGCUGGGGAGGAGGGAAGAAAAGGGACAGAGUGUACAAGUAGAACACCAACUCCACGACGAUGACAUCUCUUUUUGUUCCUGCCCUGACACAGCACCAUUUAAAGUAGAUACAAC